AUGGCGGCCGAGGAGGAGGAGGAGGAGCGGGGCGGGAAGGGGCCGCUGGAGGCCGAGACCCGCCCGCUCAAGAAGCAGCAGGAGGAGGAGGGGGCCGUGGCGGGGGCCGCGUCGGAGGGGGGCGCCCGGCGGGGGCCCGGCGGGAAGGGCGGGCGGCUGUCGCGGUGGCGCACGGCGGCCUUCUUCGUGUCGCUGUUCCUGUGCCUGGCGGCGGUCUUCGCCUUCUCCUUCGUCAUCCCCUGCCCGGUCAGGCCCGUGUCGCAGAGGGCCUGGAGCAGAGCCUUCGCCGGCGCCGCAGCUUACCAGUCCCUGCAAGUGCAAGACGUGGACCAGGACAGAGUGCAGGACGUCCUCUUUGCCUUCCGGGCUUCUGGUGGCACUCACAACAGCACCAACAGGUCCUGCUCUGGAGAAGGCUUUCCACCCCCCUGCGCCUUCGUAGCAGCUGUUUCAGGCACCGACGGCAGCACGCUCUGGGAGGAGCCUGUGGCCGAAGACCUCCAGUUCAUGGACUGCUCCUUUCAGUACGGUGAUUCCCCAGGCUGCCUUGUGGUCGGGAAGCCCGCCUCUCUAGCAGCCAUUGACUUGAAGACAGGCAAUACAGUGUGGAGGGUGACGACCAAUCUGGGAAUGAAUUCUACGGUGCUCAGUCCCUUACUGAUAGUCCCAGAUGUCAAUGGGGACGGUGUGUCAGACCUCCUGGUCUUUGCUGCAGUGGGAGGAGAGAUUCAGAGCGGCUUCUAUUCCGGAAUGUCUGGUGAGGCAAUUGGAUCCGGCGGAAGCCUGCGUCUGCCGGGGAGGCGGGGGCACCUCAUGCAGGUCACCAAGACAGGGGCCCACUAUGUGCUUUUCUACACAGCAAACGCGCUGUAUGGCUACUCGUUGAAGCAGCUCUACGCCGUUGCAGCUGGGUCUGAGGGCCAGGGAGGGGCCAGCCUGAAGGAGGACCCCCAGUGGCAGACAGCCAUCGACGAGGCCACCCACUACGUGCCCUUGCUCAGCUCUGGAGAAAUCCGCUACUUGAUGAAGGUGCCGGGAAGGUCAGGUACUGACAUUUUGCUUGUGAGAUCAGCCACCCUGGAGCUGCUAGAUGGACAACGCCUGGGCUCCAUGUGGACCAGUGAUGUGAUGCCCCCCAUCCAGAGCAAGCCGGUGCUUGGAUCCUUCACUCCUGACGAGGUUGAUAUUGUCAUUGAAAGCAGCGUCACACUCUACAGAAAGAAGGUGCUGAUUGUGGAGGGCAGUUCUGGAAGCAUUCAGUGGGAGCUGGAUCUUCUCUUGGGAGCUGGGACUCCUGCCCCAGGCACGCUGCCCACUGCUGAUCACAGGUCCCUCUUCCUCUUCUGGGGCGACUACCAGCCAGGCCAUAAUGGGACGGGAUCAGAAGGGCCCCCCCAGAACCUCUACCUGUUCCACCCCUCCUUCCCCAACGUCCUCCUGUGGAUGAACAACAGCACUGAGGCGAUUGUGGCCUUCCAGGUGGUGCUCUUCGAGCGGAGCCGCCAUGCCUGCUACGUGCUCCUGACUGGACCCCAGACCGACAGUGGUCCUGGGCUGGUGGUGCUGUCCAAACGGAAGCUGAAGGAGGACAUGGCCGGCAGCCACGUGAUCUGGCUGAACCAGCUCGCCCAGGACUCAGAGCAGAACAUCCGGGACCGCUUCCUCCGGAUGAGAUACCGCAGCCCCUGGUGA